UCACCUGUGUCCAUUGCUGAUAACCGGGAAAUACAGUUCCCGGUUAUCAACAGCUUUUCCCUCACGCUGAGCACUGAUUAUCAGUGCAGCCCCAAAAGUGCCCAGCAAUGGCACCCAUCAGUGCCCAUCAGUGCCACCUAUCAGCGCCGCCUAUCAGUGCCCAUCAUUGCUGCCUAUCAGUGCCCAUCAGUGCUGCAUAUCAGUGUAGCAUCAUCAGUGCCUCCUCAUCAAUUCCCAUCAGUGUCACCUCAUCAGUGCAGCCUAUCAGCGCCCAUUAGUGCUGCUGAUCAGUGCCACCUCAUCAGUGCCUAUCAGUGCUGCCUAUCAGUGCAGCCUAAUCAAAGCAUAUGAGUG